AUGGCUUCCCAAGACAACACCUCCUCCACUGCUGCUCAACAUGAUCCUGCUACUGCUACUGCUACUGCUACCGCUGCCCCCCCUCUGCCUCAACAAGUUGUUUCGACCGUAAUCGGACAUGAUCUUGAUGAUAUUCUUUUUUCUAGUGUUCCACCCCCAAGAACUCUUGUCAAUGGAGCUCCUAACCUCCAAUAUCUUCAGUGGAACAAACGUGAUCAACUUCUACACUCUUGGCUCAGAUCCUCCAUGACUAAAGGAAUUCUUGCUGUUGUUGCCUCCUGCACAACUUCAUCUCAGCUAUGGGUUCUUUAUCCAUUUUCUGAUUAUGUUGACAAAGUCCAAUCUCUUUCUAAUUCUAUUAUCACUGCUGGUUCCUCCAUUUCUGAUCAAGACUUAAUACUUCAAUUGCUGAAUGGAUUGGGUCCUGAAAAUGGGUCUUUCGUCUCGGGUAUCACUUCUCGGAGUGAUGAUCUAACUAUUGAAGAAGUGCAGGCCCUUGUAAUGGCUCAUGAGAGUUGUCUUGAUAAUCAUAACACUCUUACUGAUCUGACCUUAAAGAUGCAAGCCAAUCUUGCUUAUGGACCACAAAAGAAUGGUCCAUCUCGACCAUUUCAACCUGCUGCCAAAGGCUUUGCGCCAAAUAAUUCCUCUCGAUCUUUUGGCUGA